AUGGCCUUCCUCAGAGGCCUCGCCCUUUCUUUCCUUUCUCUUGCUUCAUCUUCUUUUGCGAGGCCAACGGCGGGCGUACAGAACGCCGUUGAUGCUUACUCUCAGAUCUUCACGGCCAUCGGCAGUGUACCGGAUAUCAUUCCUUAUUUCUACGGAACACCUCUUCGCACCACCUACCCCACCCUCGAUGCACCCCUUCAGCCUGGUCAAGCGCUCUCCAUUGCAGAGGCAGCGGCGCAGCCUACUUUCUGGGCGUCUCCGGACCAAAACUUGAAUCGCAAGAUCCCAUACGUUGCGAUCACCCUUGACCCCGAUUCUCCAGGCGUACAAGAUCGCUCGUACCCGCAAUCGCGCCUUUUGGUCCUGCCGGAUCUGUACAUCCUACCAACCGGGCAAUUCGUCAAUGCGACACCGGCCUUGUCCGAGCAACAGUACCCUGGCCCGCUCGACGCUCCUCAUCGCUACACCACAUUCCUCUUCGAACAGCCUGAUGACUUUGUCAAGACAGCUUCUUCUAUCCUCACCCCGCUACCAAAUGGUAUCAUUCGCUUCGACGUCGUCGACUUCAUGGCGAGGACCGGUCUUGGUGCUCCUGUUGCUGGCACCUUCUUCCUUUGUGGUGGAGAUGACCAGGUCAAGCACACGUCGGCCAGCUACGCGCAAGUGUUCCAGGAUAACGGUCUGAUUCCGAAGCCGCUUGGGGUCUUUGCUCCAGAUGCAGUCCUAGACAUCACCUAUCCUUCUGCUGUCAGCGAUGGUGCAUUCCUCGUAUACCCAGGAUUAAACAUGACGGAGGACCAGGUCGCCUCCCAGCCUGAACUCCUCUUGACGUUCGAGUCUACUGGUCUCUCGCAAGACGCGGCCGACUACUUCGAGUCUACAUUCGUGCUCUUCGCCCUCGAUCCCGAUGCGCCGACCCCUCAAAAUACGUCCCUCGCGGACUUCGUGCACUGGGUCCAACCUAACUUGAAGGUCUCCGGCCCUAUGAGCACGUUCGCGCCUCUCGUCAACACCACCCCAGCCUUGUUCGAGUACCUUUCCCCGGCCCCGCCCGCGACGAGCGACCCGCAUCGCUACGUAUUCGUACUGUUCGAACAACCUGAAGGCUUUGAAGACGCCGCGAUUGCGAACAUCCCGGCUGACCGCACGGCAUUCGACCUGGAUGCCUUCGCUACUGCUGUUGGACUGGACGCGCCUGUUGCAGGCACCUUCUUCCGUACUGGCGCGGGCGUCACUUUCCCAAGCCCGAACGUCGUGAUUCCAGGUGUCACAGAGUUCUUCCACGCCGAUGCUCCUCCCCAAGCCUGA